AUGGUAUAUAGAAAAACUCGUUGGAAAUGGCACGAAUGUUUGCAAGCACGUAAUGAAAUAAUCGAUAAUGAUUCGGAAUGUGAAAAUGAUGAUUAUGUCAACAAUACAUUGAUCACGACGCAUCAGAACGGUCUUGACGAUGAACACUAUCAAACAGAUUCUUCUAACAUGGCGAAUGCAAAUGCAAACAUUUUUACACAACAACUAAAACUUAAAGAAGAAGCAAAACUUGCUAUUGUAUUAGGCGCAAAAAUGGCUCGAAUGCAAGUUGAGUUUGAACGGCAAGCUUUCAAUAAAAAACGAUCGUCAUUUUAUGAUCUUAUGGGUAUAAAUGCGAACCUUGACAAGCCAUUAAAUAUUGAUAUACUUGAAGAAAUGAAUAUUGGUCAAUUACAAGCGAUUAUAAACGAUUUAUACUGUUUAAUCGAAACGAAUAAUGAUGAAUUAGUUAAUCUUUUAAUCGAAAGAGAUUCCUUAAGUAUGGAACAAGAUUCAAUCCUUGUUGAUAUCGAAGAUUUACAAAAACGAGUAGAAGAACGAGCCAUGAAUCAAUCUAAACAAUCAUCAUUAAAUGAACCAACAGAAUAUGUUUAUAUUGUAAAACGUCCACAACAAAAUAUUUCAAAGAAAUCUAUUUUUCAAAAUCUCCUGCAAAAAGCCAUGAUUAUAUAA